GCGUGUGCUAGUGACUGUCUUGGUAAAAGACAAUUCAUUCUCAUUUCAGUUUCUCUUACUAUUUGAGGUUUUGGUUCCAGGUACAGUAUGUUUCAUUUCAUUUGCUAGAAUUGAUAGUGCUAAAUUUUAUUCAACUCAGAAUCUUUUGUACAAUGUGUUGGGAAGUUGUGGGGUGUUACGUAGGUUUUGCCCAUACACACACAGGGAAAAACAUUCCUAUUAAAAUUCGUUUCUAACAUGAGGCUUAUUUCUUGUAUAGAUCCUUUUCAUGAGGUGAAAAGCAAACGAGACAAGAAAAAAGAGAAUAGGGAUACAGCGGAUCCCAGGUCACGUGUUGCUAGUAACACUUUGAGCCGUGGAGGUAGGGGUGGUUCUGACCGGUAUGCUGGACGUGGUGGUGUUACUCAGUUUACCUCGAAUGGUAUGAACAUCCUUGAAUCCGUGGCUACAGAAAAUAAAAUGUCUUUAGUUGGAUUAGCUGAUGGAAUUUCUUCCUCAUCACAGCCAACAUCUGGUCUUCAAUCUGCUUGGUUUGGAUCCCCUGGUCAAGUAUCUAUGGCUGAUAUUGUUAAGAUGGGUAGGCCGAACAGCAAGGCUUCUGCUGUUAGUAACUCACCUCAUCACAAUGUUAAUAAUUGCCAAGCUGCUGUUGCACCUCCUUCUGUUGCACCGCAUCAUGAUUUGCAUUCAUCCCAAGGUCAUACCUUAAAUGUGUCAGAAAUAGGUAAUGAGUCUGAACUUUCUUUGAGGCAGCAUGUUCCAUCUAAUGAAGAGUGGCCCUCAAUUGAGAACCCAGCGGCUGCUAAUUUCUCAUCUGUGCUAGAGGCACCAGCAGACUCCGAAUUAUAUGCUGAUGCAUCUAACUUGCCCACGGAUGGAACUAAUCAACAUCUUAAACCGUAUUUGAAUGAGGUCGAGGAAGCAGAAGAUAAUUCAAUCGAAACUCUUGGUGCUAACUGUGCAGGGUCUGCUUCUGUGUCCAAUAGAAAUGUACAGGAGGAUGCUUCUGGAGGUUCAUCACUUUUUGAGAAUAACUUGUAUAACAGCAUGAGUUCCUACCAAACUCAUUCUUUUGAGAAUAAGGAAGCUGAAGAUGGUGCAUCUUCUAUUACUGCAAAUUUGCGGCAAUUAAGCAUACAGAAUGACGAACAAGGAGCACACUCUGAAGAGGAUAGGCCUGGUGUCAUAAUCCCAAAUCAUCUGCAAGUCCAUACUCCUGAUUGCUCACAUUUAAGCUUUGGGAGUUUUGGAUCUGGUAUUGGUUCUGUCUUUUCUGGACCUUUUGUCUCUAGGCCUUUGAACAAUGACUUGGAAGAUAGAUCUGAAGCUCCAGAUGUUUCAUCAGUAGGACACUCGGAUACAAGGAAUCCGGAGUAUUAUGAGGAUGAGCAUCUCAGAAAUGCUCAAGAAGGAAAUAUGGUGCAUAUAGCCAAUGCAAAUGCUGGGAAUUACGAUUCUCCUUCCGAUUCUCAGGCAGAAGUGUUGAAACAGGAAACUCCUGAAACUGCUCAUGGAAAUCAGUAUCCAUUUCCCUCAUCUGCACCCGGUUAUACUUAUGAAAACAGCCAACAAAUGAAUGCUGCUUUUGUUCCUCCACAAACAAGUUCUCAAAUGCAGAAUCUUGCUCCAUUUUCAAGUGUAAUGCCAGGGUAUACAAAUUCUUUAACAAGCACGUUGCUUGUGUCGACUCAGAAUGUGAGGGAGCCUGAUCUUCAAUAUUCACCCUUUCCUGUGACACAAACGUUGCCCACAAAGUACAACUCCGCUGCUUCGUCAAUUAGUGGUCCAACCAUUUCCAUGUCAGAGGCACUGAGAGCUGGAGGCAUUUCUACACCUCUGCCAACUCCACAGACAUUGCCUGCUGCCAGUGUUGCUACAGGACCUGCUCUUCCACAACAUCUUGCCAUGCACGCCUAUUCUCAACCUACACUUCCACUAGGACAUUUUGCCAACAUGAUUGGCUAUCCAUUCUUGCCUCAGAGUUACACGUACAUGCCCUCAGCUUUUCAGCAAGCAUUUGCUGGUAACAGCACAUACCAUCAGUCUCUAGCAGCUGUGCUCCCACAGUACAAAAACAGUGUUUCUGUUAGCAGUUUGCCUCAGUCUGCAGCCAUUGCCUCUGGCUACGGAUUUGGAAGUUCAAGCAGCAUUCCUGGAGGAAACUUUCCUCUGAAUCCACCAACUGCUCCUGCAGGCACUACCAUCAGCUAUGAUGAUGUCUUAAGUUCCCACUACAAGGACAGCAGUCACUUGGUGUCGCUUCAGCAGAACGAAAACUCAGCAAUGUGGGUUCAUGGCCCUGGUUCUAGAACAAUGUCUGCUGUUCCAGCAAGCACGUAUUACAACUUCCAGGGGCAGAGUCAACAGCCUGGUGGAUUCCGGCAAGGUCAACAGCCUUCGCAGCAUUUUGGGGCACUUGGAUACCCAAACUUCUACCAGUCUCAGACGGGAAUGUCACUGGAUCAUCAGCAGCAAAACCCUAGAGAUGGGUCCAUCGGUGGUGGUGCCCAGGGCCAAGCAUCCAAGCAGACCCAACAGAUAUGGAGGAUAAGGAGUUUGUUGAAGGAAAGGAGGAUUGGAAAGGAAGAAGAGCUAUCAACCACUUUUGGGUUUGAGAGCAUGGCUACUCUAUCAUUAGCGGUCAAUCUAGUGACAUACUUCACUGGGGUGAUGCAUUUUGAACUAGCUGAUGCAGCUAAUGAGCUAACCAAUUAUAUGGGUACCGGCUACAUCCUUUCAAUUUUGGUGGCUGUACUUGCAGACACUUAUAUUGGCAGAUUUAAGGCUGUAAUUAUCUCUGCACUUCUAGAGCUCUUGGGACUGGGAUUACUAACAGUGCAAGCUCAUUACCCCAAGCUAAGACCUCCAACAUGUGAUAUAUACAACCAAACUUGUAAGAAAGUUGAAGGUGGUAAUUCUGCACUUCUCUUCAUCGGCUUAUACUUGCUUGCUUUUGGUGCUGGAGGAAUCAAAGCUGCUUUACCGACCCAUGGUGCGGAUCAGUUCGACGAGAAAGAUCCGGCCGAGACUAAGCAGAUGUCAACCUUCUUCAACUUGCUGUUGCUAGCUCUGUGCAUAGGUGGUGCAGUGAGCUUAACACUUUUUGUUUGGGUUCAAGAUAAUAAAGGAUGGGACUGGGGAUUUAGUCUAUCAACUGUUGGUAUUUUCUUGGCUAUCAUAAUCUUUUUCACUGGAUGGCCUAUGUACAGAAUCCAACCUGUUACAGGAUCUAGUGCUCUCACUGAAAUCAUUCAGGUAUAUGUUGCAGCCAUACGUAACAGGAAUCUUAAACUUCCUGACGAUCCUCUGGAGUUUUAUGAGAUUGAUCAGGACAAGGAAGCUGCUCUGGACACAGAAUUUCUGCCUCAUAGAGAUGUUCUCAGGUUCUUGGACAAAGCAGCCAUUAUCAGAAAGGAAUCAGGUAAUGAGCAGAUUGAGAAAGAUUCAAGCUCUCAAAUCAAUCCAUGGAAACUCUGCAGAGUUACUCAAGUAGAAAACGCAAAGAUCAUACUAAGCAUGCUCCCAAUCUUCUGUUGCACCAUCAUCAUGACACUUUGUCUGGCUCAACUUCAAACUUUCUCAAUCCAACAAGGUCUAACCAUGGACACAUCCAUUGCUUCCUUCCACAUUCCACCAGCUUCUCUCCCCAUCAUCCCCGUCGGAUUCCUCAUCAUCAUCAUCCCUUUUUACGACCAAAUCAUCGUUCCCUUCCUCCGAAAACUCACCGGAAUCCCCACCGGCAUCACUCACCUCCAACGAAUAGGCGUUGGCCUCCUUCUCUCCGCCAUAUCCAUGGCUAUUGCAGCUCUAAUCGAAGUUAAAAGAAAAUCUGUUGCACGACAUUACGACAUGCUGGAUGCUAAACCAGUUCUCCAACCACUUCCCAUUUCAACGUUCUGGUUAUCCAUUCAGUACUUUGUUUUUGGGAUAGCAGACAUGUUUACCUACGUGGGUCUUCUUGAAUUUUUCUACUCAGAAGCACCUAAACCACUCAAGUCUAUUUCCACUUGCUUCCUAUGGACAUCCAUGGCGGUUGGUUAUUUCCUCAGCACCAUACUUGUUCAGGUAGUCAACGCUGCUACCAAGAACAUUACCAGAUCUGGAGGAUGGUUAGCCGGCAAUAAUAUCAACAAGAACCAUUUGAAUCUCUUCUUCUUGCUGCUUUCCAUUUUGAGUCUGGUUAAUUUCUGUGUCUACUUGAUCGUCGCUAAGCGGUAUCAGUAUAGACCACAGCCUCUGGUUUCAACCAAACCCUAA